UUGCAGAUGGGAGAAGGACGGCCAGGUGAGCAGGGAGCUCUGGGAAAAGGCCGGACAGCAAGGUUUGCUGGGUGUUGCUAUUGCUGAAAAGCAUGGAGGCAUCGGAGCAGAUAUUCUCUCUUCAGCUGUGGUCUGGGAGGAGCAGAUGUAUGUUAACUGUACUGGCCCAGGAUUCAGCCUUCAUUCCAAUAUAGUGAUGCCCUACAUCGCAAACUAUGGCUCUGAAGAACAAAUUAAGCGCUUUAUCCCUGAAAUGAUUGCAGGCAAGUGUAUUGGAGCUAUUGCCAUGACAGAACCUGGGGCUGGCAGUGACUUGCAGGGAAUACGAACGUACGCAAAAAAGGAUGGAAGUGACUGGAUUCUUAAUGGGAGUAAGGUGUUCAUCACGAAUGGUUGGAUGAGUGAUGUAGUGAUCGUGGUUGCGGUUACAAACCGGGAGGCCCGAUCUCCUGCUCAUGGGAUCAGCCUUUUUCUGGUGGAAAAUGGAACAAAAGGUUUCAUCAAAGGACGCAAACUGAACAAAAUUGGCCUGAAAGCUCAAGACACAGCGGAGCUGUUUUUCGAAGAUGUGCGGUUGCCAGCCAGUGCCUUGCUUGGAAAAGAGAACAAAGGCUUCUAUUAUCUCAUGGCAGAGCUCCCUCAGGAAAGACUGCUAAUUGCUGAUAUGGCUCUUGCUGGUUGUGAAUUCAUGUUUGAAGAAACACGGAAUUACGUGAAGCAAAGAAAAGCUUUUGGGAAGACGAUUGCACACUUACAG